UUCAAUUCAACCAACGACUUUGUCUUCUUUACCCUUUUCUCUCAUCACUCGUUACCAAACUACCCCGACCAUUCUCCCACGAAUCCGGAAAACAGACCUGUAAUUAAACCAAAAAACCAUGUCUAUUUCCGUCAAUAUAAAAGAUGUCUCUUUCACUUUGUUUUGCCGUGAAAGUGAAGCCAUGACGACAAAAAUGUCUCUGUUUCGAUGCCAUUCAUGAUUCAUUCACUCUGUAAUUUCCGAAUUCUUUUCUCUCGCUCACAGUUUCCUCUUCCGAAAACACAAGCAAGCUAAAUCCGAAAUAGAAAGGGAGUCAAUUCUCCGGAAAUUGGAACUUGCCUUAUAAAUUCCUUCUCUGCUGGUUCAAAGAAGAGUGGUGAUGAGCUGGAGGAGAGUCGCCAAGUCAUCACAGGGCCUUAUAGCUCAUGCCUUGCUUUUCUCAUUCACGCUUUUGCUUUCUUUCAAGCUAGACCGUGCUGUUUCUUACUAUUGGUGGAUUGUAUUUGCACCUCUGUGGCUAUUUCAUGCAGUUGUUGCACGUGGUCGGUUUUCCUUACCUGCUCCGUCAAUGCCCCAUGAUCGCCAUUGGGCACCAUGUCAUGCUGUCAUGGCGACGCCAUUGCUUGUUGCUUUUGAAAUUCUACUCUGUAUACAUCUCGAGAGCAUUUAUGUUGUAAAUUUGAAGAUUGUCUUUCUUCCAUUGUUAGCAUUUGAAACAGCAAUUUUGAUUGAUAACAUCAGGAUGUGUAGAGCUUUAAUGCCUGGAGAUGAAGAAAGCAUGAGCGAUGAAGCAAUAUGGGAGACUCUUCCUCACUUCUGGGUUGCAAUAUCUAUGGUCUUCUUCGUUGCUGCAACCAUAUUCACUCUUCUCAAGUUAUGUGGUGAUUUGGUAGUUCUUGGUUGGUGGGACUUGUUUAUAAAUUAUGGAAUUGCAGAGUGCUUUGCCUUUCUAGUUUGCACAAAGUGGUAUAAUCCAGUAAUUCAUAGGCAUUCCCGUAAUGGAGGACCCAGUUCAUCAUCAACAAGUAGAUAUGUUGACUGGAAUAGAGGCUUGAUGGUAUCAGAUGAAGAUGACCACCAGAGCAGUGGAAUAUGCAACCCUCAGGAGAUCGGUGGACACUUUUUGAAAAUUCCCUUCAUUGGUUUCCAGAUCAUGCUUUUCAUGCGCUUGGAGGGAACUCCACCUGGUGCUGAACAUAUUCCAUUUCUGAUUCUUUUUGCUCCGCUUUUGUUGAUUCAAGGAGCUGGGGUUUUGUUUGCUGCAUAUAGAUUGGUGGAGAAGAUUGUCCUUUUACUAAGUAUUGGAGCUGGUUCUGGUAGAUACUUUGCUGUCACUUCAAAAGCUCGUGAUUAUUUUGAAUUUUUGUACCGUGGAUCCAGGUUACUGGGGUGGUGGUCAAUUGAUGAGGGUAGCAGUGAAGAGCGGGCUAGACUUUAUUGUGCUGGAGGUCCAGGCUACAACACUUUUUCAGCAGAAAUUGUGAAGAAGAAGCCCAAAACUGAACUUGUUGAUGAGAUUCGGAGAUUACAUGCUUUGCUCAUUGAGCAGACAGAAAUUACAAAUUUUAGCCAGGAGGAGUAUGAAAGGCUUCAAAAUGACAAAAUCCUAUGUAGAAUAUGUUUUGAAGGACAAAUUAAUGUGGUCCUGCUUCCAUGCAGGCAUCAUGCCCUUUGCAGCACUUGCUGCGAGAAAUGUAAAAAAUGUCCAAUCUGCCGGGUCCCCAUUGAAGAGCGGUUGCCUGUAUAUGAUGUGUAGUUCCAGUUGUAUCCAUAAGAUGUGUAAUAGUGAAGGCUCCCUUGCUGCUUGUGAUUUUAGAUGAAGCACGCACUGGAAGCUACAAUUGUGGUGUCCUCAAUUCAAAUGUUACAGUAGUUUUGUACCAUUUUCCAGGAACUGUAAAUAUACCUCGACAGAAUUUGAUGAACUAUGAAAGUACCUUUUCUUUUA